CGACCUUGCAAAAUAUGCAAAUUCUGUAACAAACAAAUAUGGAAACUCAACAACUCUGCAAAGGGUGCUACAAUUACGUGACAGUAGCACCUGGGAGACGUUGUCCCAUCUGCAAUACAAUCGCCAAGCCCAACAAAAGAACUAGUCAACGUAUGGUCCCUGGGAUACUCCAGUUUAUCGAUGGCUAUGCCAACACACGUUCAAACAGCAACUACUACAAUAGCGUCCAUGGACAGCUUCCACAACCACCAGCAUAUGGAGGUUAUUACCCUCCACCGGUGUAUGGUUCUGGUACCUACAGCCCACAGCCACCGCCAUCAAUCUACAGUGGAGGUUAUAAUAACCCUCCACCACAGUCUCCGGCUGUAUAUGGUUACGGUUAUCGCCAGCCCGAACCGCAGACGUGGUCUCCUUUGAUGCAUAACAACUACUUCCAACAAUCACCGGAGGUUCAUGAGAAGAAGAAGGCGGUGCUGUGUGGCGUGACCUACAAAGGUCACCCGAAGUCACUUGCUGCCAGUAUAAAUAACGUCAAGAGCAUGCAUCAAUUAUUGCUGAAAUUGGGUUUCCCAGAUGGUUCCAUCCGCAUCCUCACAGAAGAAGAACCAGACUCCACCAGGUCACCAACAAGACGCAACAUAUUGAUGGCAAUGGAGUGGCUCACGAAAGAUUGCUGUUCCGGGGAUUCAUUGGUGUUCUAUUAUGCAGGACAUGGCUCUCAUGUGCCUGAUAACAAUGGAGAUGAAAAAGAUGGGUAUGAUGAAGCUUUAUGUCCUGUUGACUAUAAGCAAUCUGGGAAGAUACUAGAUGAUGAGAUCAAUGCCGCCAUUGUAGCACCGCUACCUCAUGGAGUAAUACUUCACAGUAUCAUGGACACUUGCUUUAGUGGAACUCUUCUUGACCUUCCUUUUCUUUGUGAGAUUGACCGUGGAGGAUUCUAUAAGUGGGACAAACAUCAUCCCUCACAUGCUUCUUCAUAUGGGGGUACUCGUGGUGGAAAAGCAAUAUGUAUUAGCGCCUGUGACGACCAUCAAAAUUCAGCAGAUACAUCGGCUUUCACAGGUAAUGCCAUUGGUGCAUUGACUUAUAGCUUCAUCCAAGCUGUGCAAAGUGCACGUACAUUAACAUAUGGAGAUUUACUUGACAAUAUGCGCAAAGUAGUUCGUGAUGCUCAACAAAAACAAGGCCUAAAUGCUCCAUUUGCAUCUUCUACAUCACAGGAGCCUCAACUAUCAUGUACAACAAGAUUCGAGAUUUACUCAGAGCCUUUUAUGUUGUAGAGAAUAUAUUUCGGUCUAGUCAAGUCUCUAUUUACUGGCAGCUUGUAGCUGUCUCUCAGUAGCCAUCUCAAGCUAUGCAGUGAGGUUGAUGAGAAAAAAUAUUAUCCUGUGGAGGCUUAGUAGUGUACUCCAUAUGCAUAUUAAUGGAAGUGUUUGAAUUUACUUGUAUGUUGGAAAUACAGUUUCAUGGAAGUCUUUUAUAUUAACGUAUAUUUCUGAAA